AUGGAUCAAGAAAAAGGCGUCGCGAGUGUUCUCGUGCUCGUAGUCCGAAUCCUCAUCACGUUCGAGACGAAAAGCAGCAAUUUGGAAUUUAAACGGAAGUGGAGGCGGAGAAGGAGGAAAAGGAGGGGAAAGAAGUCCUAUCGAAGCAGUCAUCGCAGUUGUCGUCAUCGUCGAUCACCAUCAAAACGUAGGAAUCGACCACCUUCUACUUCUCGAAAAUCUCGUCUUCCUGAUGUUGGGAUUCAAUCAUCUUCCAUGACACCAGUUAAUCCCCUGGAACCGGUUUCGAAUGCCUCCACUGAUAUUAGUGCGAAAAAGCGUCGAUCAUCAGUUGGUGUCAUCUAA